AUGUCGUUCUUUGGCAAGUUCAAGACCGGUUCGGUAGGUUGCGAAGCCCUUGUGCGUUGGCUUACCCGUCUUACGGCAUAGGGACUCGGCAGGCACAGAGGAGUGAGUAGAUAUGGGUUGGCUGACAACGCAUUGACAAUUCUAGAAUCAGAACAGCGCCAAUGCCACAUCCACAACCGCGAAGAAGGAUCCCAAUGCGCCCCAACCGACGCUUCUCGAAAAGCACAUCGCCGACGUUGCUGGCCCUGUAAGGCCGGACGGCAGCGACAAGUUCUUUGGCUUCGAAAACGUACGCGCUCCUACAUGCCACCCCACUGCAGAACACAUGCUGACCGAUGCCUAUCGAUAGUACGGUUCCACAUGGUAUGACAAGGAUUUUCUCUGGGCUAUGGCCGUCAAUUCGAUCACUGACUCUCUCUCUGCAUAGCUAUUGUAAUUCCAUAAUACAGUGCUUAUAUUACUCGGCACCCUUCCGAGAACAUGUCAUCAAUUUCCCUUCGACUGCCUUCCUCGACGAAAUCCGAAGUAGCCAGCCCAAUGGCGCACCUCUAUCGCCUCGGACGACGCCUGCGACACCAUAUCCCAAUCCUACAUCACCAGCGCGCAAGUCCAAUGUCCCAGCUUCACCGGGGCAGGGGCCCCCGAAGCCUGAAGACAGCAGAGAUUCUCCGGAGCACAGAAAGAGGCUGGCGAUUCAAGCCGGACCGGUGCUUGAUAUGACACAUGACAACUCCCUGAAAUACGGCAUGGACGAGUCGCUGUUCACGUCAUUACGAGACAUCUUCGAGGCAAUAAUAGGGAAUCAGUCACGGAUAGGCGUGGUGAGCCCGCAUAGAUUUCUGGAGAUUCUCCGACGAGAGAAUGAGAUGUUCCGGUCUGCGAUGCACCAGGAUGCCCACGAGUUUCUCAAUUUGCUGCUGAACCAGGUGGUGGACAACGUGGAAAUGUUCGCGAAGCAGCACCCGUCUCUAAUGGCGUCGCAUGCGAACGGAGGAACAAAAGGAACGGUGGAUAUGACUGUCUCGGAGACUGGGCUGAACGUUGCCAAAGGUGGACUGGACACACACUGGGUACACGAUCUGUUCAAAGGCCUCUUGACGUCGGAAACGCGAUGCUUGACUUGCGAAAAUACAUCGCAACGAGACGAGGCCUUCUUGGAUCUCUCGGUUGACCUCAGUGCCCACACCUCGGUUACCUCGUGCUUGCGCAAGUUCUCGGAAGAGGAGAUGCUUUGCGAGCGUAACAAGUUUCAUUGCGAUAACUGUGGAGGGCUGCAAGAAGCAGAGAAGAGGAUGAAGAUCAAGCGGCUACCACGGAUUCUGGCUCUACACUUGAAGCGCUUCAAAUACACCGAAGACCUACAGCGAUUACAGAAACUCUUCCAUAGAGUCGUCUACCCCUUCCAUCUCCGGCUGUUUAACACGACAGAAGAUGCAGAAGACCCGGACCGGUUAUACGAGCUCUAUGCGGUGGUGGUACACAUCGGAGGAGGGCCAUAUCAUGGGCAUUAUGUCAGUAUCGUCAAGACGCAGGAUAGAGGCUGGUUGUUGUUCGACGACGAGCUCGUGGAGCCUGUGGACAAGAGCUAUGUCAUGAACUUCUUUGGAGGCGAGCCGGUGCCUGGUGUUCAAGACGCGAAGCAGCUGGCGUGCGCAUAUGUACUCUUCUACCAAGAAACGACUCUGGAGGCCAUGUUGAAGGAGCAAGAAGCUGAGGCCGGUAAACCAGCGCAAGAGAUGCCCGUACGGACAUCAGACGUAGAGACUGCAAAGGAUGGCGCUUCUCCCCCUAACACUAAGAAUGGAGAGGAGAAGCUCCAGCAUGCGCCGUCAGCCACGACACCCAUUGCCGAGGAGAUGGAGCAUAUGGAUCCUCUCGUACAUGCCACGACCUCGCCUAUCCUCGGCGGCUCCGAUCGGUCUCGCUUUGAUCCUCUGCCAUCGCAGCCUGCGCCGCCGGUCAAGUCUAAGAAAGAGCUCAAGCAAGAAGAGAAAGCGCGCAAAGUAGCCAAGAAGGCGGAGGAGAAAGCGCAUGAUGACAAACGCCACGAAGCAAGUUUUAAGCGUAUGGAAGCUUGGAGAAAGCAGGAUGAAGAGAUGAAGCAAGCUCUGGAAAUGAGUAAGCAAAGUGCUGCUGAUGAGGCCAGAGCUCGAGGCGACCAGUCUGAGAGUAAGACUGGUGGGCUGGCGCGCUUCAGGCACGGCAGUAUGAGUCUGCGGAAGAAGCCGUCCAUCUUUAGUAAAGAUAAGGACAAGGACAAGCUGCCGCCGGUUCCGAGUGCAAGUACGAUGAACUUGAAUGGCAAUGGGACGACUGUGCCCGCGGCCUCUAUGGACGGUACGGCACCCGCGACGGAGCCCCACGAGCACGACGACGUGCCCACGGCACUGCCACCCAUGCCAGCAGGAAGUGAGCCUGCAAGGCCUCCCGGCGAGGAGAAGGUGAAGAAGCAUCGAUUCAGCCUUGGGAGGAAGAAAAGCUCGCUGUUAUGA